CGCCCUUCUGCACUGACGCAGCUUUGCUUCGCUUUCGUCUCCUUGCAGGUGAUCUUUCCAUCGUUCUGUACAUCAAUAGGCAAGCGAAUCCACUCACAAAAUGCAGAACGAAGCUGGUGAGAUGACCGAUCUGUACAUCCCGAGGAAAUGUUCUGCUACGAACAGGCUCAUUACUGCUAAGGACCACGCGUCGGUCCAGAUUAAUAUCGGGCAUUUGGAUGAGAGUGGCGUGUACACGGGCCAGUUCACCACAUUUGCACUUUCUGGAUUUAUCCGGGCUCAGGGUGAUGCUGAUAGUUCUCUGGAUAGGCUUUGGCAGAAGAAGAAGGCCGAAGUCAGACAACAGUAGAAAUCACUUGUGACGGGGAAAAUUCUACAUGUUUGAUCCGAGUGAUGAAGUUACUUUAGUUUCUGAUGACAUUUUAGUCCCCAAUUAGAUGCUUUAAUUGUAUUUGACUGGAUUGAGCUAUUAUUUCUGCUCAGGUUUUUCCAGCAUUGUCA